UCAAAAUGGUUGCCAAUGGCGGAGGUCCGCCUAGAGGCAGCGCAGCGGCAGCUGCUAGCUUGCGCCGGAGGAGGCCAGGCGGUGCGGCUGGUGCAGCAGCCGGCGGAGGCGCCAGCACGAUGCUCCAGUUCUACACCGACGAUGCUACGGGAGCCAAAAUGUCGCCCAAUACGGUUCUCUUCAUGAGUAUUGGAUUCAUUGCGGUUGUUGCUCUCCUCCAUGUCUUCGGUAAGCUUUACUUGGCUCGCCAUUAGAGGAGAUCCAAGUGUUUACUUUUGUCGAGAUAUCGACGGUGUCAAUGAUCUAACCAAAAAGAUUUGUCAUGAAAGAUCAUGAUAAAUUCCCUGCUACUUCCAUUUGAUUUGAUGUGGAUGAACAUUGUCUUGGAAUCUCAUGGGAUAAAUCCGGAAGUUUAAGUGACUCCGUCAUCGUUAAGAAAAAAUGUAAUAAAUCCGGAAUUAUAAGUGACUCUGGCAUCGUUAAGAAAAAUGUAAUGUCUUUUAAUGCCCUGUAACUGAUAUUUAAAUCAUGGGUAUUUGAUAGCCUA